GCCAUGGCGUAUUGAAGAGAGCGAGCGAGAGAGGAGCGGAGCGGCACAGCCUCCCACCCUCCCGGCUGGUGUUAGUGCCCGGACGGCGGGCUCUGCGCUCCGCCCCUCAAGUCCCCGGCAGCGGUAGGCGAGUGGGGACCGAACCCCCGGUUCUCCAUGAUCCCGCUGGCCGGGGCCGUUUCCCCAGAGCGGAGAGGUAUCUGCUGCGCCUGAGAUGAGUAAACUGUCGUUUCGGGCGCGGGCGCUAGACGCCUCGAAGCCGCUGCCGGUUUUCCGCUGUGAGGAUCUGCCCGACCUGCACGAAUACGCCUCGAUAAACCGGGCCGUGCCGCAGAUGCCCACCGGAAUGGAGAAGGAAGAGGAGUCGGAACACCAUCUUCAGCGGGCUAUUUCAGCACAGCAGGUGUAUGGCGAGAAGAGGGAUAAUAUGGUCAUACCAGUCCCAGAGGCAGAAAGUAAUAUUGCUUACUAUGAGUCUAUAUAUCCUGGGGAAUUUAAGAUGCCAAAGCAGCUCAUUCACAUACAGCCUUUUAGUUUGGAUGCUGAACAGCCUGAUUAUGAUUUGGAUUCUGAAGAUGAAGUAUUUGUGAAUAAACUGAAAAAGAAAAUGGACAUCUGCCCAUUGCAGUUUGAGGAGAUGAUUGACCGUCUAGAAAAAGGCAGUGGUCAGCAGCCAGUCAGUCUGCAGGAAGCCAAGCUACUGCUAAAAGAAGAUGAUGAAUUAAUUAGAGAAGUUUAUGAAUACUGGAUUAAAAAGAGAAAAAACUGUCGGGGGCCAUCUCUUAUCCCAUCAGUAAAACAAGAGAAGCGAGAUGGUUCCAGCACAAGUGAUCCUUAUGUGGCUUUUAGAAGACGUACUGAAAAAAUGCAGACUCGAAAAAAUCGCAAAAAUGAUGAAGCCUCUUACGAAAAAAUGCUUAAGCUGCGUCGAGAUCUGAGUCGGGCUGUUACUAUCCUAGAGAUGAUAAAAAGAAGAGAAAAGAGUAAAAGGGAGCUAUUGCACUUAACACUGGAAAUUAUGGAAAAGAGGUAUAAUUUGGGUGACUACAAUGGAGAGAUCAUGUCUGAGGUCAUGGCACAGAGACAACCAAUGAAACCUACCUAUGCCAUCCCCAUCAUCCCUAUUACUAAUAGCAGUCAAUUUAAACAUCAGGAAGCAAUGGAUGUGAAGGAGUUUAAAGCAAAUAAGCAAGAUAAAGCUGAUCUUAUCCGACCUAAACGUAAAUAUGAGAAGAAGCCCAAAGUCUUACCAUCGUCUGCUGCUGCUACUCCUCAACAGACGAGUCCUGCCGCACUGCCAGUCUUUAAUGCUAAAGAUUUAAAUCAGUAUGACUUUCCCAGCUCAGAUGAAGAACCUCUCUCCCAGGUUUUGUCUGGCUCUUCAGAAGCUGAAGAAGAAAAUGAUCCUGAUGGUCCUUUUGCUUUCCGUAGGAAAGCAGGCUGUCAGUACUAUGCUCCUCACUUAGACCAAACUGGCAACUGGCCUUGGACUAGUCCUAAAGAUGGAGGAUUAGGGGAUGUACGAUAUAGAUACUGCUUAACUACCCUCACCGUACCCCAAAGGUGUAUUGGAUUUGCACGAAGACGGGUUGGGCGCGGUGGAAGGGUCUUACUGGACAGAGCUCACUCAGACUAUGACAGUAUGUUUCGCCAUCUGGAUUUGGAAAUGCUUUCCUCUCCACAACAUUCUCCAGUCAAUCAGUUUGCCAAUACCUCAGAAACAAAUACCUCGGACAAAUCUUUCUCUAAAGACCUCAGUCAGAUACUAGUCAAUAUCAAAUCAUGUAGAUGGCGGCAUUUUAGGCCUCGGACACCAUCCCUACAUGACAGUGACAAUGAUGAACUCUCCUGUAGAAAAUUAUAUAGGAGUAUAAAUCGAACAGGAACAGCACAACCUGGGACCCAGACAUGCAGUACCUCCACGCAAAGUAAAAGUAGCAGUGGUUCAGCACAUUUUGCAUUUACAGCCGAACAAUACCAGCAACAUCAACAGCAACUGGCACUAAUGCAGAAACAGCAGCUUGCACAAAUUCAGCAACAGCAAGCAAAUAGUAAUUCCUCCACCACCACUUCACAGAACCUUGCAUCUAACCAGCAGAAAAGUGGCUUUCGCCUGAAUCUACAUCAUAGCCAUUCUAUACAGGGUUUAGAAAGAACAUUACAGGGUUUUGUUUCCAAGACUUUGGAUUCUGCUAGUGCUCAAUUUGCUGCUUCUGCUUUGGUGACAUCAGAACAACUGAUGGGAUUCAAGAUGAAGGAUGAUGUGGUGCUUGGAAUUGGGGUGAAUGGCGUCCUUCCAGCCUCAGGAGUAUACAAGGGCUUACACCUCAGUAGUACUACACCAACAGCACUUGUACAUACGAGUCCAUCAACGGCAGGUUCAACUUUGUUACAGCCUUCAAACAUGACACAGACUUCAAGUUCCCACAGUGCACUGAGUCAUCAAGUAACCGCUGCCAAUUCUGCAACAACUCAGGUUCUGAUUGGGAACAACAUUCGAUUAACUGUACCUUCAUCAGUUGCCACUGUAAACUCUAUUGCCCCCAUAAAUGCACGACAUAUACCUAGGACUUUAAGUGCUGUUCCAUCGUCUGCCUUAAAGCUGGCUGCCGCAGCAAACUGUCAAGUUUCCAAGGUUCCAUCUUCAUCUUCUGUAGAUUCAGUUCCAAGGGAAAAUCAUGAAUCAGAAAAGCCAGCACUAAACAACAUAGCAGACAACACAGUAGCGAUGGAGGUGACGUAGCUUCCUCAGGAGUGGAACUGCAGCCUGGGGACUUGAUUAGGUGCUAUGCAUCAGUAGCAUUUUGAAUGCAAGGGAUGAUGGAAUGCAGCACACGCGUUUCGGUGGCAGCUGUGGGGACUUGACAGCAGUGCUCAUCUCUCAUGCUUCAAUUUUUCUUUUUCUUAUUGUUAAUAGGAAAAAAAUCAACAUCUGUAAAUUAAGAAUACAGCAAUUAUCUGUACAGUACUGCAUAUUUGUAAUACCCUUGUAUAUAUGUUACUUGAAUACAGAAAUGUUCAUUUGUGAUGCUUUGCACUUGGGGAGUCUCUUAUAC